CGUGUGCAGAGGGACAACCAGGAACUCGGACUCAGUCUCCACCCCGAAGUGGGGCGGGUCCGUCCGGGAUAAGACCCGCUGCCCGGCCCCUCUAGGGUGUGAUCUGACCGGCCGCGGGGGACGAGUGGCACCCCAUCUCGGCUCGAGCGAGGAACUUCUGCUCCUGUGACUGAACUCUGAUCUUGAUAGAGAGUCCCGGCCAUGGGAUGGCAGCCAAAGGAGGCACCGUCAAAGCUGCUUCGGCAUUCAAUGCCUCUGAAGAUGCCCAGACCCUGAGGAAGGCCAUGAAGGGGCUUGGCACCGACGAAGAUGCCAUCAUCAGCGUCCUUGCCUACCGCAACACAGCCCAGCGCCAGGAAAUCAGGACGGCCUACAAGAGCACCAUUGGCAGGGACCUGAUAGACGACCUGAAGUCAGAACUGAGUGGCAACUUUGAGCGGGUGAUCGUGGGAAUGAUGAUGCCCACCGUGCUAUACGACGUACAGGAACUGCGAAGGGCCAUGAAGGGAGCCGGCACAGAUGAGGGCUGCCUGAUUGAGAUCCUGGCCUCCCGGACACCUGAGGAGAUCCGACGCAUAAACCAGACCUACCAGCUUCAAUACGGGCGGAGCCUUGAAGACGACAUUCGCUCUGACACUUCGUUCAUGUUCCAGAGGGUGCUGGUGUCUCUGUCCGCUGGUGGCAGGGACGAAGGAAAUUUCCUGGAUGAUGCUCUCAUGAGACAGGAUGCUCAGGACCUGUAUGAGGCUGGAGAGAAGAAAUGGGGGACAGAUGAGGUGAAAUUUCUAACUGUUCUCUGUUCCCGGAACCGAAAUCAUCUGUUGCAUGUGUUUGAUGAAUACAAAAGGAUAUCUCAGAAGGAUAUUGAGCAGAGUAUUAAGUCUGAAACAUCUGGUAGUUUUGAAGAUGCUCUUCUGGCCAUAGUAAAGUGCAUGAGGAACAAAUCUGCAUAUUUUGCUGAAAGGCUUUAUAAAUCUAUGAAGGGCUUGGGCACUGAUGAUGACACCCUGAUCAGAGUUAUGAUUUCCCGAGCGGAGAUUGAUAUGAUGGACAUCCGGGAAAACUUCAAGAGGCUUUAUGGAAAGUCUCUGUACUCCUUCAUCAAGGGAGACACAUCUGGAGACUACAGGAAGGUACUGCUCAUUCUCUGUGGAGGAGAUGAUUAAAAUAAAAUCCAAGGAUAGGAGGAUUCCCAGCACUUUGGAUUUCUUCUUUUAAGUUCAUUUUUCUACACUGCUAUUAACAUUAUCUCAGAAUGCUUAUUUCCAAUUAAAACGCCUACGGAUGCUUCCUAGGAUAUAGACUGACUAUGUUACUAUUCAUCUAUAAUUACUCAUUAUGAUGCUUUAAAGCUGUACUUGCAUUUCAAAGCUUAUAAAACCUAAAAGGAGAUUUAAAAUUAAAAAUAAAAAUGUAUUCCAUGGUUUUUUAACAGAUAUCUUCCUCAUCUGUAUUUCUCAGAAAUUGGAAUGUAUUAAAUUUAUGUCAUGGUUUUGAUGAAAAACUGUUAAAGCAGAAGACUGAAAGACUGUCUUAAAAUCAAAGUAUUUUCAAAUACUUUGUAUUUGAAAGGCCAGUAAUUUCUUGACUAGUUUUAGCCUUUAAUUAGCUAAAUUUAGCCUUUAAUUACUAAGGCUAGUAAUUUCUACUAGUAAUUUCUUGAUUUGAAAUUGUGAGCAUCUAGUUCAUAGGAAUAUCCAUCCAAUUUGCUAUUUUACAUGGUCAUACUUUGAAGACAUCUAAUACUCUCCUUUGUUUAGAUUUUGUCUGCACUGUUAGUUGAUCUCUACGGGAGACUUCCUUCCUCACAUCUUAUAUUAAGAUUAUUUACUCUCUCCAGGUUGAAGUAUACCAAAAUCAGCCACUUGUCUGAACAAAUUAAAUUCUUAGUGUGGUUAUACAGAUCAUAUAUAUGCGGUUAGCAAAUAUAAAUGCUGAACAUUCCACAAUAUCAUGGUUAAUAUCUUAAUCAAACUGGAAGAUGAAUGGGAAAAAAAUUAAGUGUCCAACUAGGUAUUAUUUUGGUGAUGGGUGUAAUGUUCUGAAUUUACUUUCACUUAAAGGAAUUUUUUGUGCUAAAAAUGAUUUUUAAAGUAUUUUUCAAUUUUGUUGAUUUGUACUAAUUUACAUUUGCAUUGUGCCUUUCAACUCUAGAAUUAUUCUGAAGUUGUACUUGAUUUUAUUCCAAAGUUCAGUUUGUAUACAACAUGGAAAAAUAAUUUUAAUAAAACAUGUUAUCUUUAAAAUGA